UUUUGCCUGCGUGUCUCCGUGUCUGUGUGCCUUUCCUGCCUUUCUUUUUGUCUUUCUGUGUUUCUCCGGAGUUUAGUAGCUCCGCCAUAAUAAAGAGCGUUUUGUGUGAGCCGCAACCGCUUUUGAGGCUCAAUUGGUCUGAGUCUCUGUGGGACUCGAGGAGCUAACAACUUGAAUCACGGGAGGUAGCAGUCUCAGUCCAUAGGUGCUGGUGUAGAUGCUGAGAGCUAAGUAACUCAGCGAAAACGCUGGGUCUAGAACAAGAGAAAGUAAAACAGUAGGUGCUGGACUAGUCAGAGGUGACGCAAACAAAACGCGCCAUCUAGAUUAGAGCCCCGGCUUCGACGAGAAGAGGUAAAAGGGUCGCCGCCUACUAAGGAAGGCGAGGUGUUUAGGGCUGGCGGUCACUUUUGUGAGGAGCAAAGUGCCUAGCAAAUUUGGCAGCAGCCAUUAUUCGUUGUUGGGUGUUCUAUCUGCGCCUUUCUGUCUGGUAGCCUAGCGGGAACGUUUAGGCUGGGCGGACAUCGCAACGGUUGGGUAUUUUGGCAUGUAAGAAAAUAUGGCGUCUAAGGGCCCCCGCCCCGCCCCCUUUUCUGUUGUAUCAUAAGAGCGUAGAGUGUCUGGAGUCUUGUCUCGGUCAAGUCUGUUGACUGAAGCCUGAGUCAGCGCCAGGUGUGGUUAGCUCGGGGUUGCGGAUCUUCCGCAGACCAGAGUUACUUGGUCCCCAACGCUAUCGCUGAGGUGAAUCGGUUUGGCAUGGAACUCUUCGCUGUUUCUGUUAUCAUGCAGGACUCCUGGUCUGCCUUCUGAAUGUAUGGAGACAGUGAAAAUCUGAAGUAUUUCCAGUUGGUGUUAAAAGGGAGUUACAUAAACAAAUUGACAAAACCUGUUCUUUGAUGAGCAUGACAGCCACAACUGGUGGUUCUCCGGUGGGAGGGAAUGACAACUGUGGCCAGGCUCCUGAUGGACAAUCUCAGCCUCCUUUCCAGGCAAACCAGAAUUUUCCAGCAACUCCUCCAGAAUAUGGUCAAGGUGAUGCUCCGACAUGGCCUGAAGAUGAGGAACCUAGUUUUCCCUAUACUGAUCUUGCAAAAUUGGAUGACAUGAUCAACAGACCUCAGUGGUUGGUUCCUGUUUUGCCAAAAGGAGAAUUAGAAGUGCUUUUGGAAGCUGCUAUUGAUCUUAGUAAGAAAGGUCUUGAUGUUAAGAGUGAAGCAUGCCAGCGUUUUUUUCGAGAUGGCCUAACAGUAUCUUUCACUAAAAUUCUUUUGGAUGAGGCAGUGACUGGUUGGAAGUUUGAUAUUCAGAAGUGCAUUAUUAACAAUACUCAUCGCCUCGUGGAGCUUUGUGUGGUCAAGUUGUCCCAGGACUGGUUUCCACUUCUAGAGCUACUUGCUAUGGCAUUAAAUCCUCAGUGUAGUUUUCAUAUAUACAAUGGUACACGUCCAUGUGAAUUGGUUUCCUCAAGUAUUCACGUACCAGAAGGUGAACUCUUUGCCUACUCGCCUGAUCCUCGAUCACCAAAAGGUUGGCUAGUGGAUCUCAUUAACAGAUUUGGCAUGUUAAAUGGAUUCCAGAUUUUGCUUGAUCGUUUUAUUAAUGGAUCAGGAUUAAAUGUUCAAAUAAUUGCUGCUCUUAUUAAACCAUUUGGCCAAUGCUAUACGUUUCUCAGUCAACAUACACUGAAAAAAUAUUUCAUUCCAGUUAUCAAAAUAGUUCCUCAGUUUUUAGAAAAGUUGACUGAUGAAGAAUUAAAAGAAGAAGCAAAGAAUGAAGACAAAAGUGAUGCACUUUCAAUGAUUAUUAAAUCUCUGAAGAAGUUAGCUACAAGAAUUUCGGGACAAGAAGAAACUAUUAAAACUUUAGAAAUUUCAAGGUUAAAAAUGAUACUCAGAUUAUUACAGAUUUCUUUUAGUGGGAAGAUGAAUGCAUUAAAUGAAAUUAAUAAGAUAAUAUUCGGUGUAUCAUAUUACACUCAUCAGUGUGGUAAUUGUGACGAGGAAGAGUGGCUGACAGCUGAGCGAAUGGCAGAAUGGAUACAACAAAAUGAUAUCUUAUCCAUAGUUUUGAAAGAUAGUCUUCAUCAACCACAGUAUGUAGAAAAGCUAGAGAAGAUUCUUCGUUUUGUGAUUAAAGAAAAAGCUCUCACAUUAAAGGAUCUUGAUAAUAUCUGGACAGCACAAGCUGGGAAACAUGAAGCCAUUGUGAAAAAUGUGCAUGAUUUACUAGCAAAGUUGACUUGGGAUUUUUCUCCUGAGCAACUUGAUCAUCUUUUUGAUUGCUUUAAGGCCAGUUGGACAAAUGCAAGUAAAAAACAACGUGAAAACCUCCUUGAGCUCAUAUGUCGUCUGGCAGAAGAUGAUAAAGAUGGUGUGUUGGCGCAUAAAGUGUUGAACCUUCUAUGGAAUCUGGCCCAUAAUGAUGACAUGCCUGUAGAUAUCAUGGAUCUAGCUCUCAGUGCCCACAUAAAAAUACUAGAUUAUAGUUGUUCCCAGGAUCGAGACAUACAAAAAAUCAGAUGGAUAGACUGCUUUAUAAAAGAACUUCAGUCAAAUGAGAACUGGGUAAUUCCUGCAAUGAAACAAAUAAGAGAAAUCUGUAGUUUGUUUCGUGAAGCACCUCAAAAUUUGAGUCAUACUCAGCAAGGUCCCCACAUAUUUUAUCGCCAUGAUUUAAUCAACCAGCUUCAGCACAACCAUGCCUUGAUUACUUUGGUAGCUGAAAACCUUGCCACUUACAUAAAUAGCAUGAGAUUAUAUAUUAAAGAUCAUAAUGAUUAUGACCCUCAGACUGUGAGAUUUGGAAGUAGAUACAGUCAUGUUCAAGAAGUCCAAGAACGGCUUAACUUCCUUAGAUUUUUACUGAAGGAUGGUCAAUUGUAUCUCAGUGCAACCCAGGCAAAAAAAAUAUGGAAGUGUUUAGCAGAGAAUGCAGUUUAUCUUAGUGAUCGUGAAGACUGUUUUAAGUGGUACACCAAGUUAAUGGAAGAUGAACUGCAUUUAGAUCCUGACAUUGUUAAGGACUUUUUUGAAAGUAAUAUCCUUCAGUUUGAUCCUUCCCUGUUAACUGAAAAUGGAAUAAAGUGUUUUGAAAGAUUCUUCAAAGCUGUUAAUUGUAAAGAAGGGAAGCUAGUAGCAAAAAGAAGAUCGUAUAUGAUGGAUGAUUUGAAAUUGAUAGGAUUAGAUUACCUUUGGAAGGUUGUUAUUCAGAGUAAUGAUGACAUUGCCUGCAGAGCUAUAGAUCUUCUUAAAGAAGUAUGCACAAACCUGGGUCCCAGGUUACAGAUGAGUCAGGCAGUUAUUCAUGAAGAUUUCAUUCAGUCUUGCUUUGAUCGAUUGAGAACCUCAUAUAAUAUUUUGUGUGUUUUGGUUGGUAACAAAGACAGUAUAAAUUGUGCAAGUCAGGAAGUCAAACGAAUGGUUCGAGUAUUAACUGUCUUGAGGGAGUACAUAAAUGAAUAUGACAGUGAUUAUCAGCGGGAAAGAGUCAUUCUACCUAUGUCCAGAGCAUUUCGUGGCAAGCAUCUGUCUCUUAUAGUUCGAUUUCCAAAUCAGGGCAGACAAAUUGAUGACAUGGACAUACUUUCUCACACAAAUGAUACAGUUGGUUCAAUACGACGAUGUAUUCUCAAUCGUAUGAAAGCCAGUUCAGCCCAUACAAAAAUUGAACUGUUUGUGGAUAGUGAACUAUUAGAUUAUGAAGAUGACAGAAAGUUAAUUGGUCAAUUAAAUGUAAAGAAUAAAUGUUUAAUUAUAGCUAAGGUUACACAGAUAAAUUCCAACAUGCCUUCAAGUUCUGCCAGUGCUUCAGAUUCUUCAGCUGCAUCCCCUGGAGCCCACUAUAGUCACGAUAAUAAUGUUCCCAAUCCAGAAGUGGAAAGUUGUUUGCCUGGGGUGAUAAUGUCACUGCAUUUCAAAUACAUCUCUUUCCUUUGGAAAGUGGCUGACUUAGGUAGUAGCCUGAAUAUGCCAUCUCUUAGAGAUGCAGCAAGAGUACUUAUGAAACUUAUGCCGCCAGAUAGAACAACUAUUGAAAAAUUAAGAACUAUUUGUUUGGACCAUUCAAAGCUUUGUGAAAACAAUCUUAAUCUACCUCUCAACUCACUUUUCUUUGGCCCUUCAGCUUCCCAAGUGCUGUACCUCACAGAGGUGCUUUACACCUUAUUAAUGCCUGCUGUUCCACCUCUGGCUGACAUUUCUUCAGACUUUCAGUUUCACUUCUUGAAAAGUGGUGGCUUAUCCCUUGUACUGAAUAUGCUAAUAAGGAAAAAUUUCCUGCCAGACACAGACACAGAAACUCGGAGGAGUGCUUUCUUCAGUGCCCUUAAAAUAGCCAAAUUGUUAUUGACUACUGUUGGCUAUGGCCAUGUCCGAGCUGUAGCAGAAGCCUGUCAGCGUGUUGCAGAUGGUGCUGAUCCUGUAAUGCCAAUUAACCAAGUCACUCAUGAUCAAGCUGUCGUACUACAAAAUGCUCUUCAGAACAUUCCUGAUCCUUCAUCUGAGUGUGUGCUAAGAAAUAUAUCAGUACGUCUUGCUCAGCAAAUAGCUAAUGAGGCCUCAAGACAUAUGCCUAAUAUCUGUGUGAUUAAAGCUAUACAAAAAAUUAUCUGGGCAUCAGGAUGUGGGGCAUUAGAGCUUGUAUUUAGCCCAGAUGAAGAAAUCGCUAAAAUUUAUGAGAUGAUGACCAGUACAAGCAGUGAGCCAGGGAUAGAAGAUGAACAGGUUUGCUGUGAGGCUUUGGAAGUGAUGACAUUAUGUUUUGCUUUAAUUCCAACAGCCUUGGAUGUACUUAGUAAAGAAAAAGCCUGGCAGACAUUCCUCAUUGACCUGUUAUUGUACUGUCGUAGCAAAACUGUCCGUCAGUUGGCACAAGAGCAGUUCUUUGUAAUGUGUACCAGAUGUUGCAUGGGACACAGGCCUCUACUUUUCUUCAUUACACUACUCUUUAAGGUUUUAGGGGGCACAGCAAGAGACAGAGGUAAAUAUUCAGGUGACUAUUUCACCCUUUUACGACAUCUUCUCAGUUACGCUUACAACAACAAUAUUAAGGUACCCGAUGCUGAUGUUCUUCUCAACAAUGAAAUUGAUUGGCUCAAAAGAAUUAGGGAUAAUGUUAAAAACAUGGGUGAAACAUUUGUAGAAGAGCCAAUCUUGGAAGGCCACCUUGGAGUAACAAAAGAAUUGUUGGCCUUUCAAACACCUGAGAAAAAAUAUCACAUUGGUUGUGAGAAAGGAGGUGCUAAUCUUAUUAAAGAAUUAAUUGAUGAUUUCAUCUUUCCUGCCUCCAAAGCUUACCUCCAGUAUAUGAGAAAUGGAGAACUGCCAUCUAUACAGUCUAUUCCAAUCUGUAGUUCAUCAGCUACGAUCAGUGCUGGUUUUGAACUACUUAUAGCAUUUGCUUUCAGUUGUAUAAGGAACUUCAAACAUAUAGUAGAUUGUCUAACUGAAAUGUAUUACGUAGGCACACCAAUAACUACUUGUGAAGCACUUACUGAGUGGGAAUAUCUGCCACCUGUUGGACCCCGGCCACCAAAAGGAUUUGUGGGACUGAAAAAUGCUGGUGCCACUUGUUACAUGAAUUCUGUCAUCCAGCAGCUAUACAUGAUUCCCUCCAUUAGGAAUAGUAUUCUUAAAAUUAAAAGCACAGGGAGCGAUAUAGAUGAUGAUAUGUUCUGGGAUGAGAAGCAACAUGGUGAGAGAUACAUUGACCCCCAAGAUGAUUUAUUUGAAUAUCAGUAUGACGACAAAGUACCAUUAAGUAUGACAGAAGAUAGGCAAGAGUAUAAUAUUGGUGUCUUAAGACACCUGCAAGUUAUAUUUGGUCAUUUAGCUGCUUCUCAACUACAAUACUAUGUGCCCAGAGGAUUUUGGAAACAGUUCAGGCUUUGGGGUGAACCUAUCAAUCUCUGUGAGCAACAUGAUGCCUUAGAGUUCUUUAAUUCUUUGGUGGAUAGUUUAGAUGAGGCUUUAAAAGCUUUAGGACAUCCACCAAUGAUAAGGAAAGUCCUAGGAGGCUCCUUUGCAGAUCAAAAGAUUUGCCAAGGCUGCCCACAUAGGUAUGAAUGUGAAGAAUCUUUUACAACUUUAAAUAUAGACAUUAGAAAUCACCAAAAUCUUGUUGAUUCUUUGGAACAGUAUAUUAAAGGAGAUUUACUGGAAGGUGCAAAUGCGUAUCAUUGUGAAAGGUGUGAUAAAAAGGUUGAUACAGUAAAGCGCUUAUUAAUUAAAAAAUUGCCACCAGUCCUUGCCAUUCAACUAAAAAGGUUUGAUUAUGACUGGGAAAGAAAAUCUGCAAUCAAAUUCAAUGAUUAUUUCGAAUUUCCACGAGAAGUAGAUAUGGAACCUUACACAGUAGCAGGUGUUGUGAAGCUGGAAGGAGAUAGUAUCAACCCAGAGAGUCAGCUGAUUGAACCAAAUGAAGAAUACGAAAGUGAGGUAGCAGGAAGUACAAAAUACAGACUUGUGGGUGUGCUUGUACACAGUGGCCAAGCAAAUGGGGGACAUUACUAUUCUUAUAUCAUCCAAAGAAAUGGUAGAGACAAUGAGAAAGAUCGCUGGUACAAAUUUGAUGAUGGAGAUGUAACAGAAUGUAAGAUGGAUGAUGAUGAAGAAAUGAAAAAUGAAUGUUUUGGUGGAGAGUACAUGGAGGAAUUAUUUGAUCAUAUGAUGAAGCAUGUGGCGUACAGACAGCAAAAAAGGUGGUGGAAUGCUUACAUACUUUUUUAUGAACGAAUGGACACAGUUGAUGAAGAUGAUGAGAUAAGAUAUAUAUCAGAACUCUCUAUCUCAAGACCCCUUAUGUCACCAUCCAUUGAGAGAAGUGUAUGCAAACAAAAUAUGGAAUUCAUGCAUAACCAAAUGCAGUAUAGUUUAGAAUAUUUUCAAUUUGUGAAGAAACUACUUAUGUGUAAUGCUAUUUAUUUAACCCCUGUUCCAGGACAAGAUCACUUGUUGCCUGAAGCAGAAGAAUUCACCAUGAUCAGCAUUCAGCUUGCUGCCAGAUUUCUCUUUACAACUGGAUUUCACACCAAAAGAAUAGUCCGUGGCCCUGCCAGUGACUGGUAUGAUGCACUGUGCAUUCUCCUUCGUCACAGCAAGAAUGUACGUUUUUGGUUUGCUCAUAAUGUACUUUUUAGUGUGUCCAAUCGUUUCUCUGAAUACCUUCUGGAAUGCCCUAGUGCAGAAGUGAGGGGUGCAUUUGCAAAACUUAUAGUAUUUAUUGCACACUUUUCCUUGCAAGAUGGUUCUUACCCUUCGUCUUUUGCAUCUUCAGGACCUUGUAACCAGAUUGGUGAUAACUUGAGCUUGAGUGAUCAUUUACUAAAAGCAGUAUUAAAUCUUCUGAGAAGAGAAGUUUCAGAACAUGGGCGUCAUUUACAACAAUAUUUCAAUUUGUUUUUAAUGUAUGCCAAUUUAGGUACAGUGGAAAAGACACAACUUCUAAAAUUGAAUGUGCCUGCUACCUUUAUGCUCGUAUCUUUAGAUGAAGGACCCGGUCCUGCAAUCAAAUACCAAUAUGCUGAAUUAGGCAAAUUAUACUCAGUAGUAUCUCAAUUGAUCCGUUGCUGUAGUGUCUCAUCAAGAAUGCAGUCUUCAGUCAGUGGUAACCCUCCUCUUCCCAAUCCUUUUGGUGACCCUAAUUUAUCACAGCCCAUAAUGCCUGUUCAGCAAAAUGUGGUAGACAUUUUGUUUGUGAAUACUACUUAUGUGAAGAAAGUUAUUGAGGAUUCCAGUAAUUCAGAAGAGACCAUCAAGUUACUUCAGUUCUGCUGCUGGGAGAAUCCACAGUUCUCGUCUACUGUCCUCAGUGAACUUCUUUGGCAGGUUUCAUAUUCAUACACCUAUGAGCUCCGGCCAUACUUGGAUCUACUUUUGCAAAUAUUACUGAUUGAAGACUCCUGGCAGACUCAUAGAAUUCAUAAUGUUCUUAAAGGAAUUCCAGAUGACCAAGAUGGGCUUUUUGAUACAAUCCAGCACUCUAAGAAUCACUAUCAAAAAAGAGCAUAUCAAUGUAUAAAAUGUAUGGUUGCUCUUUUUAACAGUUGUCCUGUUGCUUAUGAAAUCUUGCAGGGUAAUGGUGAUCUUAAGAGAAAGUGGACCUGGGCUCUGGAAUGGCUUGGAGGUGAACUUGAAAGUCGAUCAUACGCUGGCAAUUCUCAGUACUCUUAUGAUAACUGGUCUCCUCCAGCACAAAGCAAUGAAACAUCAAAUGGUUAUUUCUUAGAAAGAUCACACAGUGCUAGGAUGACACUUGCAAAAGCAUGUGAACUCUGUCCAGAAGAGGAUUCAGAUGGCCAAGAUGCCCCAGAUGAAGAUGAGUCAUCUCCACUAGAAAUUGUAUCACUGUAUCAUUCACCUGGAUCUCAGUUUCAACAGAGUAAUCAUGUACCUGAACAGCCAUAUAUAGGUUCAGCAACACGUUACUUGAACAGCCUUGAAAAAAGUGGCCAACAAGUACAAGAAAAUUACAAAGGCAGUGAAGAAGUACCCUCACCUCAAAUAAAGAAUCAGUGAACUGCACAUAGCUAACUGGCAAAAGCCUAUGCAUUGGAUUCAAACUUCUUCUGUAUUUAAAACUAGAAAAACUUACAAAGCAACAUGGAAGUAAGAGUAUAUUAUUCACUGUCUCAUUUGUAGAAAUCCACUGUGAGUAAAAGAAAGUCACAAAAUGUAUAAAAUUUUGUAAUAAACUUCUGAUAAUAUAUAAAUGGAAAAGGUGGACAUGUUUUUUCUGUUUAUUCUUUUUUUGGAAUGAUUAUCAGAAAUUGAACUCAGGACCUUGCACUUGCCAGGUACGUGUUUAUGUUGCUGAGCUAUAUCUUUAGCCCUUCACUGUUUAUUCUUAAGUAAGAAACUUUUUGUUUUGAAAAAUCAGAAGUCUAUAAUAACAUUACAGUUAAUUGUCUUACUAACAUCCGCUAUAUUUAAUAAUAUUGCCUGCUUCCUGGCAGAUCAAUUGUAUUAUUCCCAGUAAAUAAAAAGAAAUAUUAGAGAACCUAUCCAAGUCAAUUACAUCAAUAGUUUACUGUUGUUAUUAAAUAUGUAAACAGGUGACCUUUAAAUUGCAUUGUUGAUGUAGAAAUUUAGAGAUACAACCUUUUAUAGAUAUUUUUAUUAUUUUUUAUUCUGAUAUUUGAUUAAUUCAAAUCUAUACUUAGAAGUAUUUAACAUGGUUUCAUGCCUGGUACCUAUUACCGAAGGGCAGAAUUACCUGUAUAAUAGUAGUAUCCCAAAAUGAUAACUAUAUUGCUCAAAAUUUUUAUUCCUUAUACGUAAGAUAUGGAGAGAAAUAUGACAAGGUGUUUCUAGUUGCACAUUUUAAAUUUUUUAUGCUUCAUGAUUGAUAGUUCUAUCUUCAGGAAAUAAAGAAUAUCAAAGUGUUAGUAAUAGGAAUUUUAAAAUAUUAAAACAUUUUUGUAGGGGAGGGAUAUAUGGCUUAGUAGCACAGCCCUGCCUUUGCAUACCUAAGGUCCUGAGUUCAAUUUCCAGUACAAAAAAAAUACGUAAAAUUUUCCUAUGCCAAAAAUGUAUAAAACCUAAAACAAAUCUGUAUUUGGUAUACUUUGUUUAAUUUUUCUUAGAAUUUGUUAAUUAAAACUUCUAAAACUUUUACUGAGUUCAUUUAAAUGGAUAUCACCAGAAUCUAUACUUUGAAAUAGCAUGACUGGAUGAAUUUUUAGAGUUUUCUCUGAAAGCAAGAAUUGCCCUAAUUCUUUUUCCAUUAUUUCAAAAUUCUAAUUGAUAGAUUUACGAUUUCAAAGCUGAAUGUAAUUCUAAGGUAUCAUUUUAGAUUCAACGUUUUUGUAAAAAUUCCAGGAAACCCUUACUACUGUAUUUAAAGGACAACUGAUAGUUUUUGAAUAUAUGUAAUAUUUUGGAAGCUGUGUAAAAACUCAAUAUUCCUGCGAACAGAUACUUCACAUCCUACACUAUUUAAAUAUUUUGCUGUUUUGUUUUUGUAGCAAUUAUUUUACUGAAUUCAUAAAUAGAAUUUAAGAAGAUA